CACCUCUACAUAUAGUAUUGCCGCGGGGUUCGCGAAGCUGCCGAAUGCCUGCCGCAGCCACGGCGGCGCACUCCGAGCGAGAGCCCGAGCUCUCGAUCUCGAGACUCGAGGUGAAGCUCUGCGCCACGCCACCUACCCACCUAUCUAGCCAAUUACAACCUCCAGAUACAUACAGCUACACAAUGGCAUCAGCCACCCAAGCCAGCGCCGUUCUCCGGCGCUCCCUGCUCUACGUCCCCGGCUCCAGCACACGGAUGCUGCAAAAGUCGCGCUCGCUGAAAGCCGACUGCAUCGCCUACGACCUUGAAGACAGCGUAACACUAUCGCAGAAGCCGGUGGCGCGCCAGCAGAUCCGCGAGGUACUCUCGCUGCCCCGCGCGCAGGGAAUUCGCGAGCAGGCUGUAAGGAUCAAUGCCGUCGACACGGGGAUGGCGUUGGCGGAUUUAAAUGAGAUUUUGAAAGCACAGCAUGUAGACGCCAUUGUCGUGCCGAAGGUUAAUAAGGCGUCCGACCUGACUUUUGUAGCCGACGUCCUCGCCGCGUCCGGCCACCCUAACGCCCGCAGCAUCCGUUUAAUCGCACUAAUCGAGUCCGCGCGCGCCGUGAUGGACAUCCGCUCGAUCUGCCUUUCCGUCCCGCAGCUAUCCGGGCUAAUCUUUGCCGCGGAGGACUUCUCACUGGACCUAUCCCUGACGCGUACGCCCAGCCUGACAGAGUUCCUAUUCGCGCGGCAAACGAUCGUUGCAGCGGCGCGCGCAUACGAGCUUGACGGCGGCGCGAUCGACCUGGUGUGCACGGAUUUCAGGGAUACGGGGGAGGGGGGGGCGUUGGUGAGGGAGUGUAGAGAUGGCAAUGGCAUCGGGUUCAAGGGCAAACAGUGUAUUCACCCGUCCCAGACGGAGGUCGUCGAGAGGCUCUUUGCGCCACAGGAGGAGAGGGUCAGGGACGCGGUUAGGCUGCUGUGUGCGGAAAAACACGCGGAGAGGCAGGGGAGGGGAAGCUGGACACUUGAUGGGAAGAUGGUUGAUCGGCCUGUUAUUGAGGCGGCCAGAAAGGUGCUGGAGAAGGCGCAGUUGGCGGGGUUGGAGACGGAGAGGUUCUGGCGGGAGUUUAGAGAUGUUACGCCGGAGUAGGUAUGUACACAGGGGAAAGAUAUUUGGGCAAUCGGAAGCCCGCACAGACAAUCGUACACAUCAUACGCGAUGUUUGGGGAUUGAGGAUUGGG